UACAAGGAAAUAAUAGUCAAAUGAAUCAGAGAAGAGCGGCAUGUCUGGGCUGAACAGUCCGAUAACGAACUGCUUGGCCAAAUGGAUAACAUAACGGGCUCCGUUAAUCAAAUGUAGGCAACGUACGUGUCCCAGAAGCUCAAUUGCCGCCUUUACAGCAAGGAUUUUCCUUGUCAUAUGAUGGAAAGGGCGAUGGAGCAGCUAAACGUGCAGCUGAACCGGCUGACGCGCUCUCUGCGCCGCGCCCGGACAGUGGAGCUCCCAGACGACAAUGAAACAGCUGUCUACACCCUCAUGCCCAUGGUGAUGGCUGACCAACAUAGAUCAGUCUCAGAAUUGCUCUUGAACUCCAAGUUUGAUGUCAACUAUGCAUUUGGACGUGUAAAAAGAAGCCUUCUUCAUAUUGCUGCCAACUGUGGGUCAGUGGAGUGUUUGGUCCUGCUGCUGAAGCGAGGAGCAAACCCCAACUAUCAAGACAUCUCUGGCUGUACUCCACUCCAUCUGGCAGCAAGAAAUGGACAGAAGAAGUGUAUGGGUAGACUAUUGGAGUACAAUGCGGAUGUCAAUAUCUGCAACAAUGAAGGCCUUACUGCUAUUCACUGGCUGGCAGUGAAUGGGAGAACAGAGCUGCUUCAUGACUUGUUGCAGCAUGUGUCCAAUGUGGAUGUAGAGGAUGCUAUGGGUCAGACAGCCUUACAUGUGGCCUGUCAGAACGGACAUAAGACUACAGUGUUGUGCCUUCUGGACAGUGGAGCAGACAUUAACAGGCCCAAUGUUUCUGGAGCAACACCUCUCUACUUUGCUUGCAGCCAUGGCCAGAGGGACACAGCCCAAAUCCUGCUCCUCAGGGGUGCCAAAUACUUGCCGGACAAGAAUGGGAUCACGCCACUUGACCUUUGUGUGCAGGGUGGUUAUGGAGAGACAUGUGAGAUUCUGAUUCAGCAUCAUGGGAGGCUUUUCCAGACCCUUAUUCAGAUGACUCAAAAUGAUGACAUAAAGGAGAAUAUGCUCAGGCAGGUUCUUGAGCAUGUAUCUCAGCAAAGUGACUCCAGUUAUCAGAGAAUCCUCACAAGCCUAGCUGAGGUGGCCACCACCAAUGGACACAAGCUGCUCAGUUUGUCUAGUAAUUUUGAGGCCCAGAUGAAAAGCCUGCUUAGAAUCGUGCGGAUCUUCUGCCAUGUGUUUCGCCUCGGUCCAUCAUCCCCUAACAAUGGGAAUGACAUGGGAUACAAUGGGAACAAAACCCCACGCAGUCAGGUCUUCAAGCCUCUGGAGCUGCUGUGGCACUCUCUGGAUGAGUGGCUGGUGCUAAUCUCCACAGAGCUGGACAGGAAAUGUGGAGACGCCGCCUCCUCUUCUCCGGGUAGCGAAAUUGCCUCACUGCUUCUGAAGCAAAGGGAGGCCGACCCCUCUGUUUCCACGGAAACCCCUGCCCUGCUGCCCCCCUCACUGGACCCUGAGGUUGUCAUGAAGACGCCAGAGGCUUAUGUGGAUGGUCAAGAUGUCAUCUCUAUGACCGCCAAUCGUCUGAGUGCCGUAAUCCAAGCCUUCUACAUGUGCUGCUCAUGUCAGAUGCCACAGGGCAUGACGUCCCCACGGUUCAUUGAGUUUGUGUGUAAACAUGACGAGGUGCUCAAGUGUUUUGUUACCAGGAACCCCAAGAUCAUCUUUAACCACUUCCAUUUCCUGCUGGAGUGUCCUGAGCUCAUGUCUCGCUUCAUGCACAUUAUCAAAGGCCAGCCUUUUAAGGACAGGUGUGAGUGGUUCUACGAGCAUCUUCUAGCCGGGCAGCCUGACUCGGAUAUGGUCCAUCGGCCGGUUAAUGAGAAUGACAUCCUACUGAUUCACAGAGACUCUAUAUUCCGCAGCAGCUGUGAGGUUGUGUCCAAGUCUGCCAAUGAGAAGCUCAAGCAGGGCAUCGCUGUGCGCUUCCAUGGUGAAGAGGGAAUGGGUCAGGGGGUGGUUAGAGAGUGGUUUGACAUUCUCUCUAAUGAGAUCAUCAAUCCAGACUACGCACUUUUCACACAAUCAGCAGAUGGCACUACAUUUCAACCCAACAGUAACUCCUCUGUCAACCCAGACCAUCUGAACUAUUUCAGAUUUGCUGGUCAAAUCCUUGGCCUGGCUUUGUAUCACCGCCAGCUGGUCAACAUUUACUUCACCCGCUCCUUCUAUAAGCACAUAUUGGGUAUCCCAGUGAAUUACCAGGACGUGUCCUCCAUUGAUCCAGAGUAUGCCAAGAACCUGCAGUGGAUACUGGACAAUGACAUCAGUGACCUGGGCCUGGAGCUCACCUUUUCUGUAGAAACAGAUGUGUUUGGAGCCAUGGAAGAGGUUCCUCUCAAACCUGGAGGAACCAGCAUUCAGGUCACCCAAGAAAACAAGGCGGAGUACGUGCAGCUGGUAACAGAGUUGAGGAUGACUCGUGCCAUUCAGCCUCAGAUCAACGCUUUCCUGCAGGGCUUCCACACCUUCAUCCCUCCAUCACUCAUCCAGCUCUUUGAUGAGUACGAGCUGGAGCUGCUGCUGUCUGGCAUGCCGGAGAUUGAUGUGAUGGACUGGAAGAGAAACACAGAGUACACCAGUGGCUAUGAUACAGAGGAGCCAGUCAUCCAGUGGUUCUGGGAGGUAGUAGAGAGUCUCACUCAAGAGGAGAGGGUUCUUCUGUUACAGUUUGUUACUGGAAGCUCCCGUGUUCCGCAUGGUGGAUUUGCUUUUCUCAUGGGGGGCAGUGGCCUACAGAAGUUUACCAUCGCUGCUGUGCCCUACACAUCCAACUUAUUGCCUACCUCUAGUACCUGUAUCAACAUGCUGAAACUCCCCGAAUACCCCAGCAAGGACGUCCUGCGUGACCGACUGCUCGUUGCACUGCAUUGUGGGAGUUAUGGUUACACUAUGGCAUGAUGCUGGCCCAUCUGUUUUCUGCUGUGACACCUGCUACAUAGACACACACACAAACACACAUGCCCACACGCAUGAGUGUGUGUGUGUUGACCUAACUUCAGGGAUAUCCUCACACUCAUCUGACUUACUCAAAAGCCUUCGUUUGACUAUAUGGCAUUAUUUUAGAUACGCAAAUACAAAAGACUAAGGGCAAAUAUGAAAAGUGAAUUAAUACUUAACACUAAGAAUCAGUGUGCCAGUGACUCGAAUCUCUACUGCCAGUGUUAUGUGUCAAAGGUUUCUUUACUGAAUUCUAUACCAUGGUAUGUGCUGUAUUUUAUUUAUACAUGCUGUUUAUUCUGCUGUGUUAGACCUGUAAGACAUGUUUGUGUGUGUUUGUGUGUGUGUGUGUGUGUGUGUGUGUGUGUGUGUGCGCACACACUCAUAUAUUACAGUGUUACCAUUGCGAAACAUGGCUGGAAAUAAUGUAGUCAUUUUUAGAACAAGGAGUUUGUCAGGCAGCAUGACUGUGCUGGUUUCUCAUAUACAUAUGUACCCUCUUCUCCUAUGCGCUGGCAACAAGCCUUGAAAAGUAAUCUAGAACCUCCCUACUUGUGUCAUGUCUGCUAUGCUAUAGCCUUUGUACUGUCAUUUGUUCAUAUCAUUUAAUAUAUAGUUUUUUUUCCCCCCAAUUGUCAUGUGAAACUGAGAGAACAAAUUGGAUGUGGUGCCAAAAACUCCUAGUGAAUGCAAGUCUACAAAUUGUUUGGUUUUUGUAAAAAGGGACAAUGUCAUAUCAUUUUAUGAAUGUAGAAAUUGUGUCCUUUGUAGGACUUACUUUAAAGUGAAUUCUGUCAUAUGUAAAUGUGGAUAUAGGUUUAUAUUUCUUAAAAAUUAUCACUUUAAUUUGGUUGUAAAUUUUUUUUUUGUUCUCAUUGGUAAACAAACUGCUAAUUGUAUACAUAAUCUUUAAGGACCUUUGUGAAGAUGAUUUCAAAUAUUGAAGUAUGUAUUUUACUAUUUUCAGAGUUUUAUUUCAUUGAUUGUGUGAGUGUACGAGUGCUUCAGGCAGUUAUACCCAGUAUAAGGGUAAUGGGUCAUAGGCUUGGCUGUUCAUAAGUAAAUUUUGUUUAUUUUCAAAAAGUA